AUGGUGAAUGGCGAUAGCGUCCAAGCCCGAAUGGACCAGCAAACUCUGGAUGCGGGACCAGGAGGCGCGGAGCUUCACCUGGACCCUCGCCGAGACAGCGGCAUCUCGGCCAUCUCAUAUCGGUCCAACUCGACUCUGACCGAGUCGGUGCAAAGUGACAACCCUGUUUUUCGCUUUGUCGAGGAGAACGGGAGGACCUACCACUCGUACAAAGAAGGACGCUAUCCCCUACCCAACGAUGCCCGGGAGCAAGGAAGGUCGACGGUUGAGCAUCACUUAUGGCGCCUGACGUUGAGAGACAAGCUGUAUCUGGCACCGAUAAACCGACUCAACCAUGUACUAGACAUCGGGACCGGCACAGGUUUAUGGGCUUUUGAACUCGCCGUUAGAUUCCCCAACGCCCGGGUGAUUGGGACUGAUCUCAGUCCAAUUCAACCGCAGUACAUUCCAACCAAUUGUCAGUUCGAGAUCGAUGAUGCCGAAGAUGAAUGGCUCUAUCGGCAGAAGUUUGAUCUGAUUCACAGCCGAGCAAAUGUUUUCUCUUUCCAAUCCCCAGAGACGGUCAUCACGAGCGCCUACUCCGCACUUGCCUCCAACGGCUGGCUGGAGUUCAAAGAUUUUGUGUUCCCAUUCCGCUGCGACGACAACAGCUGGAAUGGAACGGCCUUGCAAACGUGGAACCGGCUACUCGAGGACUGUAUCGUUCGCAGCGGAAGACGACUGUAUGUGGAGGAAUACGCUCAGAUGUUCCACAACGUCGGGUUAGUCAACGUCACGGAAAGACUGUUUAUAUGGCCUAUCAGCCCCUGGCCUCAGGGGCCUCGGAACGAACAUCUCAGAGAACUCGGCCGCUGGACCCGAAAAAACCUGCUGGAAGGGCUGGAGUCUCUGAGCCUCAUGCUGUUGACCAAGUUUGGUGGAAUGAGCAAGGAGGAAGUGCUGCAGCUGGUGCAGAAUGCCAAAGCGGACUUCUGGGACACCAAGAACCAUGUGUACGUUCAGAUGUAA